AUGCCAUGCGACAUUCGGCGGGGAUUAUUUUGUCGGCUGUCGAGGCGUUGGGCCGCCCGUCGUAGCGGAAUUGGCCGGCUUUUUGGAUGUGUCGCCUGCCAUCGUGUGCCUUCAUGGCGUGUGUGUUUUCUUCCGCCGGGUGGGUUGCACCCUACCGCCGUUCUCCUGCGGCCGCAGACAAUCAAACCGAACCCGGCGCACACCCCGAGCGGGAAAUUUGAUCGCAGCUUUGAGAAGCUCAGCGGGGAGAUUGAGAACCGCAUGCCAUUUCGUCAGCAACAAAUUUUAUUUGGUAGUAAAUACGACCAUAACUUUGGCGAGGAGAAUCAAGAUGCGAUGCGGCAGGCCGCGAAGGAUGACGUUUACGGCCGGGAACCCGAAAGGGCGGCGGCACGGCAGGCGCGUAGUUACUUUACCGGGGAUGAUCUCUCCCCCACAGCCCUGCACGUGAAGUCGCCACGACUGAAAGUCUCACAGCAGCAGCACCGACAGAAAUAUGACAGGAACAUUCUUAAGACGUCACAGGAGUCAGCGGAGUAUUACUAUCAUCGUGAAAGUACAUCCGAGCGAAAUGUACGGCGUGGUGUGAUGACGGCAUGUGGUGCAGUAGGACUCGCAGGCACGUGGUGGGGACUACGUCUUCUUUGUCAGUACAUGUUGGAGUAG